AUGGAGCCCAACCUGUCAGGGUCUUUAUUCUUCAAUAAUGGCUUGAACCAGUUCCCGACGGACAUCAAGGCGCCUAUGUGCCAAUACUCGGUGCCCAACAGCUUCUACAAGCUCGGCCCUGGCAACCUGAACGCCCAGCUGCAGGCAGGCACGCCACACGGCAUCAGCGACAUCCUGAGUCGCUCUGUAGUGGGAGCCCCAGCUAACACCGCCCUGCUCUCAGGAUAUUCCAGCAUGGGGGGUUUCAGUGGCACUGUGCCCACUCCAGGGGUGUAUUACAACCGGGAUUACACCCCAACGACUUUGGGUGCUUUCCCCAAACCUAGUGAGUGUCCGGGAGUGAAGGGACGCACCAGCUGCUGGGUGGAGGGAGGCUACGACUGGAGAGGAGGAAGACAACAGUGCAGCAACUAUAGCGGGCACCCUGGUGAGACAGUGGGCAGAAAGAAACACACGCGGCCCACGUUCAGCGGGCAUCAGAUCUUCGCCCUGGAGAAAACCUUCGAGCAGACCAAAUACCUAGCGGGACCAGAGAGAGCGAGACUGGCAUACUCACUGGGCAUGACCGAGUCACAGGUCAAAGUGUGGUUCCAGAACCGGCGCACUAAGUGGCGUAAGAAGAGCGCGUCUGAGCCGAGCUCCACUCAGGCGUCCAGGGCCGAGACACAGGGCGCCUCAGACACCGAGCUCGAGGACGAGGAGUACAACAAACCUCUGGACCCCGACUCGGACGACGAGAAGAUCCGCCUGCUGCUGCGCAAACACCGCAGAUCGUUCUCAGUGCUACGCCUGGGGCCGCAUCACGUCUGACACACACACACACACACACACACACACACACACCUACAUGUGUAUAUGACAUAAUGUUUACAUGCU